GGAGGAGACAGAGACAGACUAGAGUGGAGAGCGGCCGCUCGCGCUACCGGAGCUUCUCAGGGACUAUCGUCAGGGAGCGAGAACGACAACAGAGCUGCGAGCUGUGGGAAUGAGAGCCGUCAGAAUCCGCUCCCAUCCUCCUCUGCCCGGGCCCCCAUCCCACUGACAACCAUCGGUUCAUUAUCUACACCGAAGCAGCUCUCGGACGAACCCAGUAUCGGAGUGGACUUGCAACCAUGGAGCUCAGAGUGGGGAACAAAUACAGGCUGGGACGAAAAAUAGGAAGUGGUUCCUUUGGAGACAUUUAUCUUGGUGCCAACAUAGCCACCGGUGAGGAAGUAGCCAUCAAGCUCGAAUGUGUGAAGACCAAACACCCACAAUUGCACAUUGAAAGCAAGUUCUAUAAGAUGAUGCAAGGAGGAGUGGGUAUUCCGUCCAUUAAGUGGUGCGGUGCAGAGGGAGACUACAACGUGAUGGUAAUGGAGUUGCUCGGUCCCAGUCUGGAGGACCUUUUCAACUUCUGCUCCCGGAAGUUCAGCCUGAAGACCGUCCUGCUUUUGGCAGAUCAGAUGAUAAGUCGCAUCGAGUACAUCCACUCCAAGAACUUCAUCCAUCGUGACGUGAAGCCUGACAACUUCCUCAUGGGACUCGGCAAGAAGGGUAACCUGGUGUACAUCAUUGACUUUGGCUUGGCCAAAAAGUACCGUGAUGCCCGCACACACCAGCACAUCCCUUACAGGGAGAACAAGAACCUGACUGGCACGGCGCGCUAUGCCUCCAUCAACACACAUCUUGGCAUUGAGCAGUCCAGACGUGAUGACCUGGAGUCUCUCGGCUACGUCCUCAUGUACUUCAACCUGGGUUCUCUCCCCUGGCAGGGCCUCAAGGCUGCGACCAAGAGACAGAAGUAUGAACGAAUCAGCGAGAAGAAAAUGUCCACUCCCAUCGAGGUUCUCUGCAAAGGUUACCCGUCUGAGUUCUCCACAUACCUGAACUUUUGUCGUUCACUUCGUUUUGAUGACAAGCCGGACUAUUCCUACCUACGACAGCUCUUCAGAAAUCUUUUCCACCGACAGGGCUUUUCCUAUGACUACGUCUUUGACUGGAACAUGCUCAAAUUUGGUGCCAGUCGGACUGCUGAGGAUGGAGACCGGGAGAGGAGGACAGGAGAUGAGAGGGAUGAGAGGAUCGGAGCAGCACCCAGGGGUUCUGCAUCGCGUGGCCUUCCUCCAGGACCCAACCCUGGAGCUCCCAACAGAGUCAGGAACGGGCCAGAGCAGGCCAUCUCUAAUCCUGCCUCCCGAGUCCAGCAGUCUGGGAACACGUCGCCACGUGCAAUUUCACGUGCAGAGAGGGAGCGAAAGGUGAGCAUGCGGCUCCACCGCGGGGCUCCUGCCAACAUAUCGUCAUCUGACCUCACAGCCCGUCAUGACCAGUCCAGAAUUUCCACAUCGCAGGUCAGCGUGCCAUUUGAGCACAUGGGAAAGUAGACAUUUGUGGCUCGCAAUGCACAAGAAACUAACAGGGCUGCAAGAUCUGACGGUUGCUCUGGUUUAUUUUCCUUUUUAUUUUUUUGUUUUCCUUUGUCCGAUUUGAUUGCCAACGGAUAUAUGGAUCUCUGGAAAAGGAGAGUUAACCAUUUUUAAAGGAUCCAGAGAAGUUGUGACAGCAUCCAACAUGAACUCUUUUAUUAGACCCUUUGCGGAUCCUUGGAUCACCACCACAAUACUACAAAAAACAAAGAAACACUAAUAUGACAGUGGUACACCAGUUACUUCAUGGUUGCUUUCACCUCUUUCCGUCAUCCUCGCAUCAUUCCCUCUGUACCCUCUGUCUGGCAAAUGUGACGGAGCUGAUUAUCAAAGAAGCAAAAAGGAAUCGGGGACACGCGCAUGUUAUUAUCUACACUUGGUAAAGAUUUCUUUUCAGUUUUGUCAGCAAAAACGGCUUUUAAAUUAAUGUCAUCUCUUAACCUUUUAUGAAGACAUCUUAAAACUAAUGUUAUGAGUUUACUUUCUUUGUAUGUUUGGAAGCAGCUAUGAGAUGAAGGGAUACAGUAGGUAGGGAGAAAUGGAUUCAAGGUUAGAAAGCAAAACUUUGAAAAGAACAAGUAAAUGUUUUAGCUGCAGUUGAGUCAUGUCUCUGAGGUAGCAACUGGUCCUAUGCUUGCCCAUCAUCCAUCCAUGUGGUGAUUAUGUUCUGUCACUCAGCCACCAAAACCUCCUCUUCUCUUUCUGUUGCCCAUUUCAAAAAAAAAAAAAAGAAUUGUAUUUUUGUUGCUUUUAAUGUGAGUGGGUAAGGUGAAGAAUGACCAUAGAUAUUGCAAAGACACUCCCAAGUCUUGAGGGAAGCUCCUCAGGAAAAUUCUGUGUAUUUGACCAGAGACCACAGCUGCCCAUUUUGGCUAACAAAUAGUGGCUGCAAUUUUUAUGACGGUUCUUAAUGUUACCUUUUUUAUUCUUUUGUUAUUGGAGGUCAUAGAGUGAGGGAGGCUCUGAUGGGGUUUAAUGUUGGGAAUAGGGCAUCCAAUAUUUUUUUUUUUUAAUGUUUACUGUAAAUAUUUUUUAUUUUGAUGUAAGGGCAAAAUGUGGUUUGUUUUAAGAUGUAAAGUAGAAAAAUGUAUACUGUUAACAAAAAUAGGGGUCGGGUUCAGAAGACUAGGUAUUUAAAGUACUUAAUUGUGGGAUAGGCUACUGUUGCUUUGCCAGCUGGGUCAUCUUGUUUGUGUGUGUGAGUCGAACAGAGAAUCCCUGCUAGAAAAUCAUAUACAUUGUAUUUAUAUAUGCAGAUUUUUUUUUUUUAAUCAUUUGUCUUUCAGCUAUUUAUAUUAAACUAUUUUAUUUGUCAUAACUUUUAUUCUUUUUCUCGUUUCAUUUCAUCCUCCUGUAACUUAUUAGAACGACCAUGUCUGGGUUUAUUUAUGCCUACCUUUUUUCUGUUGUGCUUUGGAGGUUGUCUGCACCCCAUAUAAUAUAACAUAGCGCUUUCAUUAUUAAUUCUGCAACAAAAAAAUUAAACCCAAAUUGUUUGAUGUCACUUUGGAUUUCAACCUCCAGCCGCCUGAUGAUGUCAGAUGAAAACCUAGCCGAUACAAUUGCAGGGAUGUGUAAAUAGCAUUGUACUGUGUGUAAUUACUUUUGUACAGGCCACCAUGACCCAGUGGCAGUGUAACUGUUGAUAUAGAAGAAGCGGAGGUGAUGGGAAUUUCACUUUAUGUAUUGUGUACUGAUAGCUUGUACAGUUCUUUAACACACUUUACAACAGUAUUUGUGUAUAUUUUAUGAGGUAAUAAAAAUUAAUAACGUUGACCACAA